UAAAAUAUUUUUACCAAGAGAAUUCUGGAUUUGAACUACUACGUGACAUAUUUAAUGUUUUUGUUGUUACUCUGCAUAUUAUAUCUAUCUAUAUAUUUAUUUAUUUCUUUAUUUGAGUAUUAUUACAAAUGUGUUACCAUACAGGUCAUAAUUUUGACGCCGUCUGUCCACAGCGUUGGUGAUUAAACUGGUUUCAACUCACAACGAGUGAGUAGGAACUAUUAUAAUGCGAUGGACAAGGGCUCGUUUCACCACGGGGUGUUUUUGUGGACGGACGCGCAGCUCCCGGUUACUCUCAGGGAACACUCUGGAGCUCAUGGACGAAAGGAGACGCUUGUAGCUUCGUUUCGGGUAAGAAUGGUUGACUGGAAUCCCAUAGCGAAGGUGUACGACCCGCUCAAAGCUGGCAGCAUCGACGGGACGGACCUGGAGCCGCAUGACCGGGCGGUGUGGAGGGCUAUGGGUGCCCGAUACAAGCCCAACAAGGGUGUCGCCGGAGAUCCGCUGCUCAUUCUUUUCGUGUCUCGUCUGAACCCCCAGACCACCGAGGAGAAGCUGCACCAGGUCUUCUCCAAGUACGGAGACAUCCAGCGGCUCCGGCUGGUCCGGGACAUCGUCACGGGCUUCUCCAAGAGAUACGCCUUCAUCGAGUACAAGGAGGAGCGCUCUGUGGUCCGGGCCCGCCGGGACGCCAACAAACUGGUGGUGGACCAGUACGAAGUGUUCGUGGACUUCGAACAGGAGAGGACCCUCAAGGGCUGGCUCCCGCGGCGGCUCGGUGGCGGCCAGGGAGGGAAGAAGGAGUCCGGGCAGCUGCGGUUCGGCGGCAGGGACAGGCCGUUCCGUAAACCCAUCAACCUCGCCGUGGGUCUGGUGCAGGACCGGGGAGGUGGAGGCAGGGAGUGGGAGAGACAUGGGGCGAGAGACAGGGAGGACCGGGACCGACACAGGGAGGGGGACUGGGGCAGCAGAGGGAGGAGAGAUGACCGGGACAGAGGCAGAGAGAGGGACGACCGCAGGUACCGGGACAGGAGCAGGCACCGGGACAGGAGGUGAUACCGUGUGAAGCAACAUGACUCUCACCUUGAUGGCGGUAAAACCAAACGAAGAAGAAGACUCUCCCCUGGUUCAUGUGCUGCCUGGGACAGAUGUUCAUCCCAGCUGCUGCAGCUCCUCGAAUGUGAAGCCAAGAAGGCAGUGGAAGACAGUUGAUGAGGUUUGCACAGGUUGGGACAAGUAUGGCAGGUGGACAGUUUAACUUCUCGGUGUCAUACAGACUUUAAACCGAUGAGGACAUUUGAAGGCAUCAUAUGUGGUAGAACCCACUGAUUUGUGCUACGCUUGUUCUAUGCUCAAGAGAUUGCGACUAAAGUUUUAGCCGCUUCUCUGUUUCCUCAUUCAUCGUCAGUUUAAGUUACUAAAAAUUUCCAAUUGUUCUAUUUUUAAUUGGUGGCAUUUCACUCUUUUGUUAUCUAUUGCUAUUUCUGGCACUAGCAAUGUUGCUAAACAUCAUCAAGCAAAUGUAGAGUCCACCAAUAAGAGUUAUUAAAGGUGAAACUGCAUUAGUUACAAUUAAGGCUUGAUUUGUGUUCUUAGCCAAUGGAGGUUGUUGUUUUUCGGACAUGUUCAAAACCACUCAUUUGAAAACGAAAAUAACAACACUGAUAACUAUAAAAUACAAGAAAUCAUGUCCAGACCAUAAACUGAAUAAAAAGAUGGACGGCAAGACAGCUUUCUAAAAGUAAAGCCAAAUCAUCUCGAUUGCCCCCUGGUGGCUAUAUGGAAUAUUUUACCUUCAUUUUUGUAUAACAUGAGGAGACGUGUCGUUUCUCUUUAUUUACAGCCUGUGGUAGAGACAAAAGCUAAAUAAGAAUGUGCAGGAUGUCACUUUUAAAGUGUGAUAUAAAACUCAUCAAACUCUCA